AUGGACUUCGACGCGGCUGAUGGAACUCGACGCGGAUUGAUGGGCGCGCACCCGGUUCUGCAAAAUGCACCGACCCUAAACCCCGCCGAGCAAAACGCGCCGACCCUAACCUCCGCCGACCAAAACGCGCCUAGGGUCAGCGACGACCAGGAGGGCUACGAAGAACAGUUCGCCGUUCCCGAUGCGGCUCCCGACGAGGGAGCCGCGAAGGGCCGCGACGCAAGUUGCGGUCCUACCGGUCGGAAGCCUGCAAAGGCCGACGACCAACAACAACCCACCGCCAAGGCAGCCACGAAGCGCAAGUCGCCCAAGAGGAGGAAGAAGAAGCUGCGCGCGCCGGACUCGACGGAGGAGUCGCUGUCCAAGCCGCAAGGCAAGGACACGGGACAUCAGUACACCGUCGAGGAGGUACGCAGUUUCGAGUCGCCCAAGCGCAUGCCCAUGAACCGGCCGCCGCGCGUCAUGCAGCUAUCCGCGGCGCCCACACGCACAGAGGUGACGAAACCCGCCGAGGAGGUGCUUCCCAAGGCCUUGAGAGAAUCUAUCAUCAAGCUGAUGCAGACGACAGUGAUGAACACCCCGCGCGCCGACACGGCCGCAAUUCCGACGGGGCCGAAGCCGCCCGCGAAUCCCACACCCACGGUGGCUCGCCCCCAGGAGGCAGCGGAUGUCGCCAUGGAGUCGGUCAGUUCGCGUUCUUCGACGAGGUCCAGAACUCGACGCGACGCGGACGAGGACCCCGAUGACCUGUUCGACUUGGACAUCGGAGUGCCAAGAACCACGGCCGCCGUCUCGACGGCGACAGCCGGCGGCGUAGCCCUCGCCCGCGUACGCCUCUCAACAUUUUCCGAGCUGAAAGAGUUCUCGGGACGGGACGCCAGCGAAGAGAAAGCCAGACUGUGGCUCAACCGUCUGAAGUCCGCCGCGCGGCGCGACGGGAUGACGGGCGAAGAAUACUGCGGCAAGGGCGUGUCAAUGGCCAGUCGCUACUACCAUGCGGCUCAGCGCCCCGACGAGACCCCUCUGGAUUACUUGUACCGGCUCAACGUCGCGGGCUUGAGGGCCAACAUCUCAUACGCCGAGGGCACGACUGAAGAGAAGCGCGAACACGUCGAGCAUUUCAUCCGGACGCUGAACAUGCAGGAGGCCGAACUCGCCUCGCGUCUCACGCUGAUGGAGACUCUCUUCGGCUCGAACAAGUUCCGCCAAAAGGCGCCGACCCCGCCGACUCAGCCGGCGCGUGCCGUGCAUGCGAUUCACGUCGCGUCGGACGAGUACGACUCGGAACGCGAAAGUCGCGACAGCGACGAUCGCCAGUACGACCAAGACGAGGCGGACGAAGAACGCGCCAAGUUGUUCGUCGCGGGACAGGCCCCGCCGGGAGAGCCGGCGCGUCGCAACGUCGAUCCCGACGACUCGGGACGCGACCGCCCGCGGUGCCGCCACUGUGGUUUACGUCGCCAGGUCGAAGGAGACUGCUGGAAGUUGUUGACGUGUCACAAGUGUGGUGGCCAGCACCCGACGGAUCGAUGCUUGAGGGUGUGCAAGGCCUGCGGUGACGUGCACGAAGCCGGAGAAUGCCCGAUGGAGGAGUUCUUCAACCAAUUGCGCCAGUGGUUCGACCCGAAUAAACACGUGGGAAUGCUGCCGCUGGCCGCCGAGAAGAUGUUAAACUAG